UGACUUCCAAAUGCACACCCGUCCCCGGGCUCCCGGCUUUGCUCAGGCACAGGGGGAGCACGCUUGGGCUCCGCCGUCCAGUCCUCCCCCGUGUGCUCUGAGACUCUGCCCUCCCUGCUCUUCUUGCACAGGGCCCGUCGCCACAGGAUCUCGAAGGAGGCGGCUCGUUCUGAGGCUGAGCCAGAAGGACGCCCUGCAAGCGCUCUUUCAACGGAACCCCUACCCUGGGAUAGCGACCAGAGAACGGCUGGCCCGGGAGCUUGGCAUUGCCGAAAGCAGAGUUCAGGUCUGGUUCCAAAACCAACGCAGAAGACGGUCAAAGCAGAGCCGAUCGCCGCCGUCUGAAUAUGUGCACCGAGAAGGGGAAGCGGGGCCAACGUCCACGCCCACGCCACCGUCGCGCCCGCCUCGACCUCAGUCUUCCUCUCCAGGAGACUCGGCCCGAGAGGCCCGGAGAAAGAGGACCGUCAUCUCUCCUUCCCAAACAAGCAUCCUUGUGCAAGCCUUCACGAGGGAUCGCUUCCCGGGGAUUGCCGCCAGGGAAGAACUGGCUCGUCAGACGGGAAUCCCAGAACCUCGAAUCCAGGUAUGGUUUCAAAACCGAAGAGCUCGGCACCCCCAGCAGAGCCCGAGCGGGCCCGGCGGCGCAGCAGCCACGACUCCUCCUGCUCCAGAGGACCGAAGGGCCCCACCCGCUGUCCAGAGCACCUCUCCUCCCCUUCGCCCCUCCCCGCCACAGGAGAGCAUGCCACCCUCGGCGGCGGCGGCGGCCGCAGCUGCUCCGUUCGGGGCCCCCGCCUUCUGGGUGCCCGGGACUGCCUCUGGGGUCUGUGUGGGCCAGCCGUUGAUGAUCUUCAUGGUCCAGCCCAGCCCGGUGGCUCUCCAGCCAAGUGGGAAGCCACCACCUCCUGCCCAGGUAGCAGUUCCCUGGGCCGCGCGCUCCCCUGCCGUCACGGCCCCCGGGCAGCCUGGGCAAGGGGCCAUCCUGCCGCCUGGACAGCCGGAGGCACACAUCCCGCGCUGGCCGGGGUCACCCUACGGGGAAGGCGCGGCCCCUCCGCUAGAGCCACAGCCCCAGCCCCGCAGCCUCCCAAGCUCGACGAGCCUCCUCGACGAGCUCUCGGCGGCCGCGGGCGUCCCCGCCUCGCCGGGGCCUUCCCCGGGGGCCGCUGCCGACCACGGGGUGGACCCGGCCCUGCCAGGCGCACCCAGCCUCCUCGACGAGCUCUUGGCGGCCGCGGGCGCCCCCGCCUCGCCGGGGCCUUCCCCGGGGCCCUCUGCCGUCGCAGCGCAACAGGCAGCUCUCGCUGGCACACCCAGCCUCUUAGAGGAAAUCUUGGCUGCCACCGGCAUCCGCGCCACGCCGGGGCCUUCCCUGGGGCCCUGUGCCGGUGAACGGGCACGCCUCGCCCUCCCAGGCUCACCCAGCCUCCAAGACGCGCUCCUGGCUGCCCCGGGCAUCCCGGGCUCGCCGGGUCCUUUCCCGGGGUCCUCUCCUGUCGUCGCGGGGGCCCACCCAGCCUUCCCCGGGUCACCCAGCCUCCUAGAGGAAAUCCUGGCUGCCACGGCCACCCGGGACACGCCCUGGUCUCCUCCGGGGGCCCCUGCGGGGGACGAGGGGGUUGAGGCCACCCUGGAAGCACCCCUCAGUGAGGAGGAUUACCAGGCCCUCCUCGACAUGCUGCCAGGCUCCCCAGAGCUGGGCCCCACCCCCAAACAGGGGGACACCCUUAUCUGA